AUGACUGCCAACAUGCAGAAAGACCCACUCUGGGAUUUCCAACAGCUGGCAGAUGGUAUUCAUCUCUACCAGCCACCAGCUGCAUCGACCUUCCUGGCUUCAGCCCCAGAUACUGGGUCCGAUGUCCAACCGACCUUGAUCAUCUGCUGUGUGUGGAUGUACGCAGCACCCCGUCACGCGGCCAAGUACUUUCGCCAAUAUCAACUCCUGUUCCCGGAGGCCCAGAUUCUCCUCUUACAGAACAACUUCAUGAAUGUCACCGUCACGCCGGACUGGGUCCAAAUGCAAGCACUCGCUCCUGCGGUGGAGGCUCUCAAAAAUUCUUUCAGGAAGAAUCCUCACUCAACCGUUUUUGUCCACGCCUUUUCCGGAGGCGGUUGCCACAGUGCUAUCCAGCUCGCACAAGCCUAUCGGGAGAACAUACAGUCAGGGUCAAAGUCUGAAGAGUUACCUCUUGAGAUUCCCAUUUCGGCAAUGGUGUUGGACUCGUCCCCUCCGCACGGGAGCCCACCUUUGCAGACAGCCGUGGCGGCUGCCUUGUCAUUUCUUCCAAAGAAAAGUGUGACUCGACGAAUGCUGGCAACUCCGAUCGCGUGGGCGGUCAUCGGUAGCUGUGCCCUAUUCAAUGACCUUGGAUUGAUCGAAUCGUCGCCGAGCAAGAUCUGGCGGUGCUUGAAUGAGCCCGACGGCUCCUUCCUGUUCAAACACGAUCACGCCGUGGAUACGCUCGGGUUCAAUCCAUCGAAGAGGACUGUUCCCCGUACAUACAUCUUCGGCAAGGGAGAUCAACUUGUCCCACAUGAGCAUAUCGUCCUGCACGCAGCUGAGGCACGCAACAAGUGUGUAGUGUUUGCAUCAGAGGCAGACCCGAACGAAUCAAUUCGCUUGGAAGAAUUUAUUGGGAGCCCACAUGUUAACCAUGUGUCGGUUGACACGCAGAGAUAUUGGCAAUUGGUGAAGGAUACUGUUGAAAGGGGUCUGGCGAUUGAUGAAUAG